AUGUCGUUGCGCGGGGAUGCGAUUAGCCAAGCUGGGGCAAACAAAGCCGUUCGCCCCCCUACCGGAUUAGGAAAGCGAAGGCCUUUCCUUCGAAAGGAGACCGGAGAAUUAAAUGCAGAAAUACGAGAAGAGUUCCAAACCGGUUUAAGGGCUGCUCGCCCUACCGAAGUACUAAAGGCUUUCGAGGCUUACACCUCCCUAUUACACGACCUAAAAAAAGAUCCGGGAAUGGCACCAGGCGAGGGCGCCGCUAUGCCCCACAGCUCUGCAGCGGCCGACCCCCGGACUAUGCAAAAGAAUAGAGGUCGGCCGGGUCUUUCCCUGUUGUUCUGUUCCCACCACGAGAAAGACGCACAGAAGGAAGAGUGUGCCCCCCUUUCGUUGAGUGCCCCGCCCGGUUCACAGGGUUGUUGGCCUACCAAGCACUUUCCCGCAGCUCCUGCCGCCCGCCAAGCGGGAGGAGCGCUUGUUAUCCUUACUAUUCUCUAUGUCGGGGCCCCCUCCCAUUGCUCUAGCCAUAAGCUAUGGCAGCUCCGACUCGAAACCAAAGGGGCCUGCCCUGCGAGGCCAGAGUGGGCUCAGUGGUCAGCCCCCAUUCGAAUUAAGGGGUCUUUAGCUUUUUCCAGAUCUAGAGAGAUACUACGAGUCCUCCAUCUCAGAUUCCAUCGCCGCGGCCAUCCGGUUCACCGGUACUACCAAAAAGUCUCAUGCUUACGUUACUACUGUUACUGA